UAAUUCAAUACAAUUCAAUUUAUGCAUAUGCUAUUUUCUUCUUCCCUUUUGCCAGACCAAAUAUCAUUACACAUACUAUGAAAUUAAAGGCGUAUUAAUCUCGUUAAUUAUUACAAUUCAAUGUCUUUACAAAUAACGCACAACCCUCUUUUGGGAAAAAAAAAUAGUAUAGAAUACAACCCAUAAAUAAAUACAUGUAUUUGCAAAAUAAUUUGUUUGAAGCAAUGGAGGAAACAGAUGGCGUGCAAGCGAAGAAGGUGUGGGAAUCGGUGAAGCUGUAUACAGUUAGGUGUGGGGUAUGCUCAAAGUGGCGACUGAUCCCCUCAAAACACAAAUACGAGGAGAUUAGGGCAAAAUUGGGGGAAGAGAUGUUUGAAUGCGCGACAGCUCGAGAGUGGAGGCCGCAGAUCUCAUGCGCUCAUGAGUCGGAUGUGGAGCAGGACGACGGGAACUUCCGGUGGGCCAUGGAUAAGCCCAACAUUCCUCAGACUCCUCCGGCAUGGCAGCGGAUUCUAAGAAUUAGGGCGGAAGGAGGCACAAAAUUUGCUGACGUUUAUUAUGUUUCGCCCUCAAACAAGAGGCUACGAUCCAUGGUUGAGCUCAGCAGGUACCUGGAAGAGAAUCCAAGGUAUGAAGAAGAUAAGAUAAAGGUGUCGCACUUCUCAUUUCAACCGCCGCUGCCGCUCGAUCAUAAAUAUGUUGCAAAACGGCAAACGAGAGUGCAGUUUGCAUCGAAUACUCAAAACUGCGGAGGAAAGCUUGAGGCGCCUUCUCAAAAUUAAGGAAUUUUGAUAUUUCAUAAUGCUAAUACAUCAACGAGGAUAGGAAGCAUCAAGUGCAGAGAUCAGGCUACGUACAUUAAUUGCAUUCAUUUGGGCUAAUAGGAAAUUGUGGAUUGUUUAUUUUGAUAAGAUGAGAUUCGUAUAUGAAUUCACGUUUUUAGGAGUAGCAUGCAGGAUCGUGCAUGUUUUUUUUUUU